AUGGUACAAAGGUGCUUACGAUGCUCCGCGUCUGUCGGGGGAAAUAUCAGCAGAAUUUGCAUCGUCUUAGCCAGUGCAUCCGUUGAAGCUCUGCGAGCUUUGGAUUCGUGGGAAAGCGUGCGCGCCACAGUUCGUGCGGCAGCGGGUGAUCUCUUUGUUGAUGGCAAGGAGGAGCAGAAAACAGGGACCCGGAGUUGCUUUCGCGACAAUGUGGCCCACCGAGUUCUUAGCAAGGGGGUCUCGAUGAUUAAGCUGUUGUAUGGGAAGCUUAAAACAGCGAUAAACUCUGCGGAAGCGGUAAGUGGUUUCGCGCAUGCGGUGCUGCAAACGUGUACUGCAGGGCAGUAA